UUUAUCGAUACCGAGACGCGACUAGAUGCUCUUCUCUUCUUCCUCCCACAACCUCUUGACGUGAACGCGUGCGAGUCCUAGUCAACAACUUUCUUCCGACCGAAUUCGUACGAAGGGAAUUGUGCGUUAUUCUGAGAAGUAUUCAAGACGUAUUUGAAUAGACGUGAGAGAUUGAAGAUAGGUAUGUCUGGAAUGGGCAUUUGACAUGGGGUUCCUUGUGCCAUGGUAUUUUACUGAUAUAACGCGAUAGAUUUUACAGCUCUUCUUCACGCGCUUUGACGGGAAGAAGGACGGUGGUUCUCUGCUUCGUACUGAACGGACGAGGGGACUUCUGAGCCGUGGGUUAUUUGCAAAUGGCAUCGCCUGCUACGCGUCGCGCUUUGGGGGAUAUUCAUCCUAAUACUCCGAUUUCUAACCCCACCACGCUUUUGGAGAAGGGAAAAAACACAUUUGAGAAGAUGGAAAGAGUUGUCGCUGCUGCUGCUACGCCUGGCGCUGCUGUGAGAGAGGGUUCCGUGGAGAGUUUGGUGGGUAGUGAGAAGAGGGGUUUUGGACGGGUGGGGGGAGAGGAGAGUUGUAGUAAGAGGGUUAAGAGGUUUGAUGUUAGAGAUUUGCAGGAGAGGGGUAGUCCUAGGGUUGGAGGGUAUGCUGGUAGGAAAGCUGAGGUAUGGUUUUUAUUUUAUUUCCUCGAAAUGUUUCUGGAGGGGAUGGUACUUACCGACAACUUUGUAUAGAAGGAUGUCACGAAUACCGAUGAGGAACUUCUCUCGCCCUCGCCUUCUGUUUCUCCAUCCUCUUCUUUUGGCUCGAGCCAUGCUGCUUUGAAUGAUUCCCAACAAACUGUUCUGACGGAACCGGAUCAACUUCCUACUGCACCAAAUUCUUUCGAGGUCCCGAAUGUCCCAAGAGCAAGUUCGCCUCUGACCAAGGAACAAGCUCGAGAGGUACAUACUUACCCUCCCCACUUCUCUAUAUCCAUAAACUAACAGAACGGGAAUUCAGAAAUCCAAAAAACUUCGUCUCCGUCUCCAACUCGCCGCUUACAAAGUCCAAACCAACCAAAUCGAAGUCCCCAUCGACCGUCUCGAACUCCGCACCUCAUCCUCAACCAUGUCCUCUCCCAUCCCACCCCGUCACACUAUGCAAGUUCCCUCCGCUACUAUUCCACGUCCUUGGACCGCAACAUCGAGGGUUCCGACCAUCCAACUACAAGGUCCUUCUUCUGCGGAGAAGAGCUCGGAGAAGGGAAAGGGUAGGGAGAUGACUAGUUUUCUUGGUUCGUCGCCACCGCCUCCGCCUCGGUAUCGUGCGAAUUUAGGAGGCGUUAUGCGAUCACCAGAGAAGCGGGAUAUGGCGGGGUACGUUGGACUCGCGAGGGGGGCUUUAGGUUGUGUUCCUGAUCUUGGGAUGGGAGAAGGGGAUGGGGAUGCGGCGAGGGAUUUGUUGCUGUUGAGGGAGAGUGCUUCGAAGAAGUGA